AUGAAGAAGGCAGGAAAACCUUACGUGAGGGCGCCACACGUAGGCACAUCUCCGGGGUCAUAUUCCACUGCCUUUGACUGGAAAGGAACUCCGAAACCGGUGAAGGGCCGGGUCCUGGACUGUGGGUCGCAGCCUCAGUUGGAGCUGUGCGUGUCUGGACAGCUGAUUUCGCAAGCUGGCUACACCUAUGCUGCACGACCACAGCAGCCAGCACCACAAAAAUACGUUCCGAUCGACCAGUUGGGUGGACUUGCCAGCAGCUACGACUUCCUGCAGUCGUCCUAUGGCCACAGCUUCCAACACUCCAGCUUGCCGAGGCGCACGCGAAAACCACGUAGACAAAUGAGUGACUUGGUAUGUGGACACCGAGACACCGAGAUUGGAAGUUCUUCUUCGAGUUGA